AUGAAGCUCGCCAUCCUGUCCCUCCUCGUGCUGGCGACCGACGCAGUCCUCGGUCAAGAGGUCAAGUGCCCGGGCUCUGAUAAUCUCACCGUCCAAACCUCCACGGGCACCUACACGGGGCUUAUCGAUCCCAAGUUUCCGAAUACACGGCAAUUCCGCGCCAUCCCCUUCGCGGAGCCGCCCGUGCUGUCGCGCCGCUGGCUGCCGCCGCAGAAGCUCUCGUCACCGCCGAGCGAGCAUCAUUAUGCGACACGGUUCCCGCCAUCGUGCCCGCAGUUCGUGACGGCGGUGACCUCGAUCUGGAACCAGAACCUGACCAAGGGCAACCUAAUCAACAACGGCAACCAGAACGACUCGUCGGGGCUGGUGGGCGAGGCCACGUCCGAGGACUGCCUGUACCUGGCUGUGUGGACGCCGACGGCCGUGGCGCCGCCACCCGACACCGGGUUCCCCGUCCUCUUCUUCAUGACGGGGGGCGGCUUCGUGAUCGGCGGCGUCGAUAUCCCCUGGCAGCUACCGCCGUCGUGGGUCCAACGGUCGCAGUCGCACAUCGUCGUCACCAUCAACUACCGUCUCAACAUCUUCGGCUUCCCCAGGGCGCGCGGGCUGGCGGACGGCCAACAGAACCUCGGCAUCCUCGAUCAGCGCGCUGCACUCGAAUGGGUCCACGACAACAUUGCCGCCUUCGGCGGCGACCCGAACCGUAUCACGCAGUGGGGGCGGUCGGCUGGGUCCAUCGCCGCGGACAUCCAUGCCUAUGCUUUCUACCAGGACCCUAUCGCCCAGGCCUACUGGCUACAGUCAGGGACGGUCUUCUCUGGCUUGGUGUCCCAGGAUCCGACGCAUUCCAACUUCAGCUUCGUGGCGCGCCACUUUGGGUGCGAAUCCCCCUGCGGCGACGACGACGACGGCGCGGCGGAGCUCGAUUGUAUGCGCCGGGUGCCGUUCGCGCAGAUCGAAAACUUCAUCGGACAGUACGGCGAUCGGGGUGCGACGCCCGCGCUGUCCUUCAACGUGAUUACCGACGAUCGCAUCGCGUUCGUCGACUACAAGGCGCGGGCCGAGGCAGGCAAGAUCGCGCGCGCGCCGGUCAUCAUCUCGAACACGGCCAACGAGAUGUCAUCGCUCGUUCCCUAUCCGGUGCACAACCUGACCGCGGGCCCGUACCAGCCGGCGGUCACCGCUAGGGACAUUGCGUUAGGGGUGUGUCCGACCUUCAACUCGACCGUGUAUCGGAACCAGAUGGAGGUGCCCGUCUUCCGGUUCCAGCAUGCCGGUACGUUUCCCAACUUGAACUAUUUCAAGUGGCUCGGCGCGUACCAUGGCAGCGACACACCGAUAGCCUUUGGAACGUAUGGGCUUCUGGACGACAUAGCGAAUACCACCAGCUUCGAAGUCGAGGUCAGCCAGUCCAUGCAGGACCAUAUUCUCGCCUUUGUCAAGGAUCCGUAUCACGGUCCGCAGAAGACGAUGGGCUGGAUGCCGCUGGUCGCCAGUGAUCCACAUGGUGGGGAUCUCAUCCGCUUCGGUGCCGACGGGAAAGUAUCGCAGCAUGUCGAUGGUGUCGAGGUAGAUGGAGUAUGUUAUGGAGUAGGAGAUUACAAUCCAUUCCCGUGA